AUGGCCUACGUAGAUACAGGCGCACUGGCUGGCAGCCAGCACUCCAAUACAACUUCCCUAUUUAUCCAUGGCAACCCAACAUCAUCAUAUUUGUGGCGCAAUAUCAUUCCCCAUAUAUCUGAAAAAGUCCGCUGCGUUGCUCCCGACUUCAUUGGCAUGGGCGAUUCAUCCAAGUUGCCCAUUUCUUAUCGCUUUGCUGAGCAUGCUCAAUACCUGGAUGGCUUCAUUGAUAGAGUCGUAACCGAAGGCAAGGUGAUUCUUGUAAUUCAAGACUGUGGGUCGGCCUUGGGAUUUGAUUGGGCUUUUCUUCAUGCGACCGUUUCCUACCUGGGACGACGCUGCACAGGGCAAGGCCCUGUUGGGCGGAAGCUUAUUAUUGAGCAAAACGCUUUCAUGAAUAUUAUGCUUGACCGAGGCUUGAUCUGCAAACUAACUGCAGAGGAAAAGGUUGCCUACGGAAAGCCAUACGAAAAUCCGGAUCACCGAGAGCCUCUAUUCCGGUGGCCCAAUGAGAUUCACAUUGAAGGCCACCCACCUGAUGUGUAUCAGCGAGUGUCAAGCUAUCAUGAAUGGCUUCUGGAAACCAAGGUCCCAAAGCUAUUUUUCAGGGCCGUUCCUGGUAGACUUGUGUCAGAACAGAAGGCUCGGUGGUUCUUGGAUCAUCUGGAAAACGUCAAGGGUGUUUUUGUUGGAAAGGGUGUAUAUUUCUUCCAAAAGGGUCAUCCUCAUCGCAUUUGA